UCUGGUCCUGUCUUCUUCUACAUCUUAAUUUUGGGUAAAUAUUGGGCUCCCGGGGGCGGCCAGCAUGCCCGGUGCUCCCUGGGCUUCUUCCCCUGCGGGAACACCACCCGGUGCCUGCCGCAGCUGCUGCACUGCAACGGCGUGGACGACUGCGGCAACCAGGCGGACGAGGACAACUGCGGAGACAACAACGGAUGGCCUUUGCAAUUUGACAAGUAUUUUGCCAAUUACUACAGAAUGACUUCCUCAUAUCCCUUUAAGGCACAAACAUCUGAAUGCUUGGUCGGUUCUGUGCCCAUGCAAUGUCUUUGCCGAGGUUUAGAGGUUGACUGUGAUGAGACCAAUUUACGAGCUGUUCCAUCAGUUUCUUCAAAUGUGACUCUAAUGUCGCUUCGGUGGAAUUUAAUAAGAAAGCUUCCUCCUGAUGGCUUCAGGAAGUACCAUAAUCUUCAGAAGCUGUGCCUGCAAAACAAUAAGAUCAGAUCCAUACCCAUCUACGCUUUCAGAGGACUCCAUAGUCUUACUAAACUGUAUCUCAGUCAUAACAGAAUAACUUUCCUGAAGCCGGGUGUUUUUGAAGAUCUCCACAGACUAGAAUGGCUGAUAAUUGAAGAUAAUCACCUCAGUCGAAUUUCCCCACUAACAUUUUAUGGACUAAAUUCUCUUAUUCUCUUAGCACUGAUGAAUAAUGUCCUCACUCAUUUGCCGGAUAAACCCCUUUGCCAGUACAUGCCAAGACUGCAUUGGCUGGACUUGGAAGGCAACCAUAUCCAUAAUUUAAGAAAUUUGACUUUUAUUUCCUGCGGUAAUUUAACUGUUUUGGUAAUGAGGAAAAACAAAAUUAAUCACCUAAAUGAAAAUACUUUUGCACCUCUUCAGAAGCUAGAUGAAUUGGAUUUAGGAAGUAAUAAGAUUGAAAAUCUUCCACCGCAAAUGUUUAAGGAUCUGAAGGAACUCUCACAAUUGAAUCUUUCCUAUAAUCCCAUCCAGAAAAUUCAAGCAGAUCAAUUUGAUUAUCUUGUCAAACUCAAGUCUCUCAGCCUAGAAGGAAUUGAAAUUUCAAAUAUCCAACAAAGGAUGUUUAGACCUCUAAUGAAUCUCUCUCACAUAUAUUUUAAGAAAUUCCAGUACUGUGGGUAUGCACCACAUGUGCGCAGCUGUAAACCAAACACUGAUGGAAUCUCUUCUCUAGAAAACCUCUUGGCAAACAUUAUUCAGAGAGUAUUUGUCUGGGUUGUAUCUGCAGUUACAUGCUUUGGAAACAUCUUUGUCAUUUGUAUGAGAUCUCAUAUCAGGUCUGAGAACAAGCUGCAUGCCAUGUCAAUCAUUUCCCUCUGCUGUGCUGACUGCCUAAUGGGAAUAUAUCUGUUUGUGAUCGGAGCCUUUGACCUGAAGUUUCGUGGAGAAUACAACAAGCAUGCGCAGCUGUGGAUGGACAGUAUUCACUGUCAGCUCGUGGGAUCUUUAGCCAUUCUGUCCACUGAAGUGUCCGUGUUACUUCUCACAUUUCUGACACUGGAAAAAUAUAUCUGCAUUGUCUAUCCUUUUAGGUGUUUAAGACCCAGAAAGUGCAGAACAAUUACAGUUCUGAUUCUCAUUUGGACUACUGGGUUUAUAGUGGCUCUCAUUCCAUUGACCAAUAAGGAGUUUUUCAAGAACUUCUAUGGCACCAAUGGAGUGUGUUUCCCUCUUCACUCAGAAGAUAUCGAAAGUACCGGAGCCCAGAUUUAUUCGGUGGCAAUUUUUCUUGGUGUUAACUUGGCGGCAUUUAUCAUCAUAGUUUUUUCCUAUGGAAGCAUGUUUUAUAGUGUUCAUCAAAGUGCCAUAACAGCAACUGAAAUACGGAAUCAAGUUAAAAAAGAGAUGAUCCUUGCCAAACGGUUUUUCUUUAUUGUAUUUACUGAUGCAUUAUGCUGGAUACCCAUUUUUGUACUGAAAUUUCUUUCAUUGCUUCAGGUAGAAAUACCAGGUACCAUAACCUCUUGGGUAGUGAUUUUUAUUCUGCCUAUCAACAGUGCUUUGAACCCAAUUCUGUAUACUCUGACCACAAGACCAUUCAAAGAAAUGAUCCAUCAGUUUUGGUAUAACUACAGACAAAGAAGAUCUAUUGACAGCAAAGGAAGUCAGAAAACAUAUGCUCCAUCAUUCAUCUGGGUAGAAAUGUGGCCACUGCAGGAGAUGCCACCUGAGUUAAUAAAGCCAGCUCUUUUCACAGACCCCUGUGAAUUGUCACUAAUUUCUCAAUCAACUAGACUCAAUUCCUAUUCAUAAUGGACUCUGAAACUCAUUUCUACACGGAGAAUAUUGUGAGAUGCUUCAUGAUGGAUUUAUUAGUAUGAAAUGGACGCCACAAAAUUAAAAAUUUAUGAUGGCUAAGAUAAAGCCAUUACAAGGACAUGAGGUUAUUCGGGUAAAAUCAGAGUGACUGAGGCUCAUAUAAAGGGAACUAAAUUAUAUUGAUAAUGUGUAUAUAUUAGUAUGUACUUUGCAUAGGAAAUUAAGAGAA